UCGAUUGUGUCAUAAAUAUUUGGAUAAAAAUUAAAAAUCCAUUUAUGAUUAGAUGAGUUGGAAGUGUUCCUUCUGACCUUCUCGAAUCUUUGAUUAGCCUAACGAAUCUCUGACGCCUUACUAUCAAUUUCAUACUCAAUAUUUCCCCCAUUCCUUCCAUCCUCCAUUCUUUCCUUCCACUCAUUGAUCUUUUUCUGCAAUGGCCCAUUCUACUUCCCAUGCACUGUCAUCGGCAUUCAUGACUCAAUUUCUCAGAAAUGCCGGUGGAACCGCCAUUGUUGAUGGUGGUUUGGCCACCGAGCUCGAACGACACGGCGCCGACCUUAACGAUCCUCUUUGGAGCGCUAAAUGUCUCCUCACUUCCCCUCACCUUAUUCACAGAGUACACAUGGAUUACCUUGAAGCAGGGGCGGAUAUUAUCAUCACGGCAUCUUAUCAAGCCACCAUCCAGGGAUUUGAGUCCAAAGGAUAUACAACAGAUGAAAGUGAAUCCUUGUUAAGAAAGAGUGUGGAGAUCGCCUGUACAGCACGGGUUAAUUAUUAUGACAGGUGUAAUACAAGUACUCCUGAUGAGAGUCCAGAUGGUAGAAUUUUCAAAAAACGUCAGAUACUUAUAGCAGCUUCUGUGGGGAGCUAUGGAGCAUAUUUGGCUGAUGGGUCUGAGUACAGUGGUAUUUAUGGUGAUAGUAUGACACUUGAGGCUCUGAAAGAAUUCCAUAGGAAAAGAGUAAAAGUGCUUGCAGAGUCAGGGGCUGACCUGAUUGCAUUUGAAACCAUUCCCAAUAAGCUUGAAGCUAAGGCAUAUGCAGAACUCUUGGAGGAAGAAAAUAUAAGCCUUCCUGCAUGGUUUGCUUUCAACUCAAAGGAUGGCAUCCAUGUGGUUAGUGGUGAUUCUUAUUCAGAAUGUGUUUCGAUUGCUGAAUCAUGCAGAAAUACCGUUGCAGUUGGAAUUAACUGUACACCACCCAGAUUUAUUCAUGGUCUAAUAUCUUCCAUAAAGAAGGUCACUACAAAGCCUAUAGUGAUAUAUCCAAAUAGUGGUGAAAGUUAUGAUGCUGAUCUAAAGGAAUGGGUGCAAAAUACUGGGGUCUCUGAUGAUGAUUUUGUAUCUUAUGUAAACAAAUGGUGUGAGACCGGGGCAUCGAUAUUUGGAGGUUGCUGUCGAACCACUCCAAAUACAAUCAGAGGAAUUUACAGGACCCUUUCAAAGAGAUAAGAAAAACCAUUCUCUAACAUAACGAUUUUGGUGCAUUUCAAGGAGUAAUAUUUUCAAGGCAAGUCUAAUCUGAGGAUGACUCUUGGAUUCUUAUGUGGCAACUUAUCUUUGAUCGAAUUUUGACGGUAACACUUGGCUGAUGAAUGUAAGGAUUGCAUUUUCUGGAGUAGAUUACUUAUCUCCUUUCCCCCCUCCUCCUUUUGUUGUUCUUAAUUUAUCGAACCUGCAUUGUCCUGAUUCAUGAGAUCAUUUUUUUGUACGUAUAUCAUUAUCCGGCUUAUGUUUCAUUGUAUGGUGCUAAGGUUUUGGGGGAAACAUUGCAUGGAUGCAUGGGUAAAAAAGGGAGUCAUUUCAAUGAACACACACAGGUUCAUUUGAAUGUGAAACUAUUAUCUUAUCUGAUGGAUAGGUUUCAACC